CGAAGAAUCGUCGGCGCAGUAGUCCAACAUAUAACUUAUCGAGAAUUUCUGCCGAUCAUUCUUGGCCCUCAAGUGAUGAAAAUCUUUGAUCUGGAAGUUCAUAAAAAAGAUUAUUACAAAGGCUACGAUCCGACAGUAAAUCCCACCAUUGCAAAUUCAUUUUCUACAGCGGCUUAUCGAUUCGGACACUCACUGGUCCAGCGAAGUUUUAUUAGAUUUGAUAGCGAUCACAGACCUAUUUUUAAUAAUGUUUCGAUUCAUGACGAGUUCACCAACCCUGUGAAUUUGGACACAGCAGGAUCUGUCGACCGCCUUCUUCUAGGAUUAGUAAAUCAACCAUGCCAGAGGCGGGACGAGUUUAUAACCGAAGAGAUGACUAAUCAUCUUUUUCAAACGCCUGGUUUUCCAUUCGGCAUGGAUCUUGCUUCUCUCAAUAUUCAGCGGGGUAGAGAUCACGGUAUACCGCCUUACAUCCGAUGGCGUAAGCCUUGCAGCUUGAGUCCGAUAAGAACCUUUGAGGAUCUUAGCAAAGUGAUGUCGCUGGACAUCAUAAGAAAAUUAAAAUCAUUAUACUCGUCGGUGGAUGAUAUUGACCUCUUCUCAGCCGGUCUAGCAGAAAAAUCGGUAAUUGGCGGUCUGGUUGGUCCGACUUUCGCUUGUAUAAUCGCUCAACAAUUCAGUAAUCUGCGACGUGGCGAUCGAUUCUGGUACGAAAAUCCCAAUAGCGAAAGCAGUUUUACCGCUGGUCAAUUGCAACAGAUCAGACAAGUCACUUUGGCUCAAGUACUGUGUCAAACAAUGGAUGACAUUAAAACCAUACAACCAUUUGUUUUCCUUGCGACGGAUGUAUUGAAGAAUCAACGUCUCUCUUGCGAUGAUUUAGCCAUUGGACAUCUGAGCCUUGAACUCUGGACCGAACAACCAUCUGAAUUCAAAAGCAACGUCGACAACUCGCAAAAAGUUAAACGAGCGGCGACCGACACAAGUUUCUCUAUUUCUAAGUUAAAAGAGGAAAACAUCCAUCCUAGGAGAAAAAUUCAUCCCGAAAGUAAUCCCGAACAUACAAAAGUUACAACUCUAAAACCUUUCCAGAACAGCAUUAAUCAAGAAAAUAAAAUCAUUGUGAAAAGACCACUUGUGCAUCCAAACAACAACAAUGUCACGAUCGUGGUCCAAAAUAAUGCCGUAAACGCGCUUGUUUUCGUAAAUGAAGGUAUCUACGGCUCACAUAUUAAAAUCCAGGAACAGCUUCCUAUUAACUCAACUUUUCGACCGCAGGAAAAACCUAUACCGACGACUAUUUCUCAUUCAUCAAAUUUUUAUUUAGCACGUCAACCGUAUGUUCCCUACACUUUUAACGAUCCUCAUAAUCCGAAUCCAUUAGUCUAUGGAUACAGAUUGCCUCCUUUCACACAGGAUGACAUCUCUUACGAUAACUACCCUGCCACUAGUCCCAGACCUACUCUUUACACUUAUUAUACAAAUUUCCAGCAGACUAUUACGCAAAUGCCAGAGAUUGACGGUUAUUUGAUUAAUUACGGACUUUCAUACCACAAUUUGAUUCCAGCAUAUUCUUACGAAAAACCUAAACUUCUAGAAAAUUUCGGACAUAAUAAAUUAAAAGAAGAACAAAAUCCAGCUAAAAAAAAACCGAAUUAUGCUGAUCUUAAACUUUUAACAAAUAUGGAGUUGAUCAGACUUAAUUAUGUAUCAAGUGAUAAAUCUUAUACACAUAAACCAAAUUAUGAUGAAUAUAAAUAUCCAACAACUACGCGACCAAAUUUCCGACCGAAUUAUGCAACGAACGAUGAAUUUUAUCGUACACAUGGACCAAGUUAUAAUAAACAUAAACCUUCAAUUACACGACCAAAUUCUCGAACAAAUUAUGAAAUAAAUAACGAAUCUCAUCAUACACACAGACAAAAUUACUGUGGAUAUAAACCUUCAACAAUCACGCAGCCAAAUUACGUAUUAAAUAGUGAACCUUAUCAUACAGACAAACCAAGUAAUGACGAACAUAGAUCUUUAACAAGUACACAACCAAAUCUUCAAUCGAAUUUUGGAUGGAACGACAAAUUAUAUCACGGAUCAGAUUAUAAUGUAGUUAAACUUCCAUGCAAUUCGCGACCAAAUGAAGAUUUGCAUCAUGUACAAAAUCUAAUUUAUAAUGGAUUUACGUCCCUAACAAACUUCCGAUCAGAUAAAUCAAAUCAGGAAUCAUAUGGUAAACAAAAACUGAACGGUGUCAGAAAUCUAUAUUUACAAAAUAGUGAUUUAAUUAACAGAUUGAAUGAAGGUCAUUUCAUUAAUCUCAAUAAACCACAAUAUCAGGAACAAUGGAAUUUGAACGAUCAGAAGAGACUUAGCAAGACACCAUAUGAUUACGACGAUCUUAAUCUGUAUCAGAUAAAACCGAAUGUUAAACCACCAAGUUAUAGCGUUGAUAUGUCCCAUCAAAUAUUGUUUACCACGAAGCCAAGUAACGAAUAUAAUUUUCAAUUUUGGAAAAAAGAUUCGCUGCAAUCUAUCAAGAAUUUUGUACAAAGUGGACUUUAUGGAUCUGUUCCGAGUUCCGAAACGAAUAUUCCUUCUUAUCAAAAAGAUACAUUUACAGAUUCCAAUAUUUCGUUUCCUAUAAAUAACAAUUACAAUCGGUACUCUGGUACUACUCAGAUUUAUCAAAAAAUACUGUCAUCUACUCAAAGCGGUUGGCUAGACGUUUUAUCUCAUAUAAAACAAGGCAAUACUCAAUCUCUUUUUAGCAAAAAUAAAUAUCCGUAUAGUUCAUUUUUAUUCAACCAGACAUCAACAAGUUAUUCCACCUAUCAGAAAGAUGAUCAAUCAAAAGCAUCUUUAAAAGUGUCAGGCAACAAAUCCUUUGUUGAUGUAGAUUCACAUGAACAUAAUUCUCACAAAAAUCCUUUAAAAUCAUCCAGUUUAAAUGAACAAUUAUUAUCCAGCACUUCGUAUUGGUUAGAAAUUUCAACAACUGGUAUUCAAGUACAUAAACAAGAGGAAAAUUCGAAUCCUAAACGAACGAAAGUGCAAAGCGUCACAAUCGUCAAUAAAACGAUCGAAGCAGUCCAUCAUCCUGGUCAUACCGGAUAUGUAUCUCAACUUAAAGCUACUAGUAAAAUUUCAACACCAUUGGUACAACAGAUAAAGAGCAAUGUAUCCGUUACUAAGAAAGCUGGACAGUAUUAUUAUGACAAAAAUGUCUUGUAUCAAUAUCCAGAUAAAAUAGUUAACCAAAGUCCCAAAAAUAAUCCUUACUUGACAGACAAAUUUGACGGAACACUCAUUCGGAACGGAAAAAUAACAUCUGAGAAGAUUGCAAUAGAAACAUCAGUUGACAAACCCAUAACAAGCUCUGAAAUGGUUCAAAACGAAAAUAAAUUGACAACGACACCUACGCUUCUGAUUACUGCUCAUGGUAAUCACACAGGUGAUGUGGAAGAUAUCCAAAGUGAUUUCUCGAUAGAUAUCGGAAGUGUUGCACCGGCCGACGUUCCCGACAGAAAAAAUCAUUGAAUGAAUUUGCAAGAGGACAUAAA